AUGCGCGACACCGUCGUGAAGAUGUUAUCCCUGGCCAGGCUGCGUAUGCUGUUGCUCAGCGAAUACUUGGCCUUGGCCGCCGCGAUCCUCGCCGCCUCCUCCACCGAGACGGCGCCGUUCGCCAGCCCUUCGCUCACGGUGGCGUCGGGCGCAGGCGAAGACGGCCGCGAUGGCGACGACACUUGCAGCCUCGCCUUUGCGAUCUGGAACGGAAAGGUCGCCGCCGUGGCCACGGCCUUGCUGACGGCCGCCACGAAAAAGGUCACCAGACCGCCGUCCGGCCUGUCCUCGCCGCUCGCCAGCGAGCUGCGCAGCGCCUGGUCCAGGAAGAAGGUGAUGCUGGGGUUCAGCGCCGGCGACGCCCCUCUCGCGCAGCAGCUCCCGCAGCACCGCGGGCGCGCUCCGAUCAUCACCCGCCGCGCCACCGCCGCCGCCCACCAGCGCCGCGGUCUGGAUCCUCGUGACGACGUUGGCGACGGGCAUGGUGAGAGCCCUGGAGCAGGCUCCGGCCACGGCGCCGACGGCCAGCUCCUCGACGACGCCCAUCCGCCUGCGCCGGGCGUUUCCGGGCCGCGCCAGCCUCCUGGCCCGGAACCAGUUGUAAAAGAGGAAGAAGAGGAACGAGUCGGCGACCGAUUUGGCCAGGUCCGAGCCGAGGCCCGCGUACAGACCGGCGAGGCCGCCCUCGCGCCUCCACACGGCCUUCAAAGCGUCGAUUGGCCCAUCGUAGGUCUCCCCGGGCGGGAUGGUGCCGUCCCGAGCGAGCUGCCGUUGCACCUUGAGCCGAGUGUUGACCAGGUCUAG